UAUCCUCCGUUCCUCAUCACAACGCCCCCUCGGUAGGGUGCAUGAACGGGGCUCUGCUGUAAUCAGCAGCUCUGACAUGGAAACCCCAUUGCAGUUGCAGAACGAUUUCUAUCCAGAGCAGCAGCAGCACCAGCACCAGCAGCACCAGCACUACUGCGGGCGGGAGGAAGAGCGCUCCAUCCGGCACUGCACCUGCAACAACUCCUCCACCUGCGAGGAUGCGAGGAAAAGCCAGUAUUCGCACGGGACGCCGCUGGGAACUUUAAGGACACCGUCCGUCUCAUCUUCAACCAGGCAAGGUGCUCAAUACAGCGAGUUCACGCCAUCUAGUCAUGGUAGUUCAUCCAGACAUCAUCACCAUCACCUCCUCCACCAUCCUCCCCGCGAACUCAACCGGCAGCAGAUUCGGGGCAGUCCGGCCAGCAGCCACAGAGAGAGUAACUCUUACACUCAAAUAACCAUGAGCAGCUGCAGAUACAACGGUGGCGUGAUGCGGCCGCUCAGCAACUUGAGCUCGUCCCGCAGAAACCUGCACGAGUUUGACUCGGAGUCUCAGCCACUGCAGCCAGUCUCUGCGGCGGACGCGUCCGACACGCUCGCCUCCAAGCCGGAGAACAACUCCACCACCCUCAUGCCUUACGGUACGGGAGACGGAGGAGGAGGAGGGGGAGGUGGAGGAGGAGGGGGUGGAUGUAGCCACAGCGGGAGCAAAUCGGGCAAAAAGAAGAACCAGAACAUCGGACAGAAGCUCGGGCACAGGAGGGCCUUGUUUGAGAAAAGAAAGCGACUGAGCGACUACGCGCUCAUCUUUGGGAUGUUUGGGAUAGUGGUGAUGGUCAUUGAAACUGAACUCUCGUGGGGAGCUUACGGAAAGGAGUCACUGUAUUCUUUAGCCCUAAAAUGCCUGAUAAGCCUUUCUACAAUCAUUCUUCUUGGGUUGAUUAUCAUAUAUCAUGCCAGGGAAAUCCAGCUAUUCAUGGUGGACAACGCCGCAGACGACUGGAGGAUAGCCAUGACCUACGAGCGCAUCUUCUUCAUCUGUCUGGAGAUCUUGGUGUGCGCCAUACACCCCAUCCCGGGCAACUACACCUUCACGUGGACGGCGCGGCUAGCCUUUUCUUACGCCCCUUCCAAGACGGACGCCGACGUGGAUAUAAUCCUGUCCAUUCCCAUGUUUCUCCGUCUGUACCUCAUUGCUCGCGUCAUGCUGCUGCAUAGCAAACUCUUUACCGAUGCUUCGUCACGCAGUAUCGGUGCCCUCAACAAGAUAAACUUCAACACACGCUUUGUCAUGAAGACCCUCAUGACUAUAUGUCCCGGGACAGUGCUGCUGGUUUUCACCAUUUCUCUGUGGAUCAUCGCCGCCUGGACUGUGAGGGCGUGUGAAAGAUACCAUGACAAUAUGGAUGUAACCAGCAAUUUCCUUGGAGCCAUGUGGUUGAUCUCAAUAACUUUUCUAACGAUUGGAUAUGGAGAUAUGGUUCCAAAUACAUACUGUGGGAAAGGGGUGUGUCUCCUCACCGGCAUCAUGGGUGCCGGAUGCACUGCUUUGGUGGUCGCUGUGGUCGCAAAAAAACUGGAAUUAACCAAAGCCGAAAAACAUGUACAUAACUUUAUGAUGGACACCCAGCUGACAAAAAGGGUGAAAAACACAGCUGCUAAUGUUCUCAGGGAGACGUGGCUCAUUUAUAAAAACACCAAGCUGGUGAGGAAGAUGGACCACGCCAAAGUCAGGAAACACCAACGCAAGUUCCUUCAAGCCAUUCACCAAGCUCGAAAAUUAAGAAGUGUAAAAAUGGAGCAACGCAAGCUGAAUGACCAAGCAAACUCUCUAGUGGACCUUGCAAAGACUCAAAACAUCAUGUACGACCUGGUCUCGGACCUUAACGAGCGAGGUGAAGACAUGGAAAAGAGGAUUGGGUUGCUGGAGACCAAACUGGAGACAUUGCUUAGCAACUUACAGGCUCUUCCGGGCCUUAUCAGUCAGGUGAUCAGCCAGCAACACCGGGACUUUCUGGAGGUGCAGCUCCAGCCAUUUGACAAAAACGGCCACGAGCGCUCACAGUCCGUCUCCCGGCGCCGGUCGUCCUCCACCGCGCCGCCCACUUCUUCCGAAAGCAGCUAGAGCUCCCAGCCCAGCCGGCGUCUCCGGAGAAGACUUUCGCCAUCAUAUGGCCAAGUUGCAUUUUACUGUAAAGCCUUAUGGUUUCAAUAAAGUAUUAUCCAAAUUCUGAUGGCACCAUCAGAGGUUACCGGGGAUAAUGCGUUUGAAAUGGAUAGCUUCCACACAUAUCUUGUCGUUUUUUUGUUUUGUUUUUUGUUUUUUUUACAUCAAUAAAUGAUGCUGUUUCUCUGUUGACAUGAUCACAGAGAGACUUUUCUCAGUAACUAAUGAUGGAAAGAUGGGGCUAUCAGGUGAGCAAGUCCUUCCAGAGGGCUUAAUUCAGGAAAGCAAUGUGAUGACCUCAAACGGCACUGAAUAGUGCCGGACUAGUGCUUCCUUCCGAAUCGUCUGUCUCUGCGUAUGUGAAUGAGAUCUGACCUGUUCCUAGAAUCAACAGGCAUUAAUAACUCUUUAUCGAGGAACUAAUAGCAUGUCUGAACCCAAAAUGGGCAGAUGAGGAAUGCUUCCCCUCCCUGUCCAAAUAGCGAAAACCCUAGAUUUUCACUAUCAAAGGAAAGCGUAUAUCUUUUAGGUUAGAAACGGCAUCAGCUGUAGUGUUCUUCUGUUGUGAGGCCUCUAAAAGUGACUAUUCCAGGGGCACUGUUCACAACAAUUUACGAAAUGAAUGCAUCUGAAUCUAUACUUGCACUUUUUAUCAUUGCACUUCAAUGCUUACUGACUAUAAUACGAAUUUAUGUUGCUCAUUCAAAUAAACAGACACCUUUAGUUAUAGGAUAAUGGCCAGAAUGUACAACGGUAAUGAUUGUGUAGGCUACGGCAAGGGCAGCAAUGACACCUCGACUGAAAUGACUGUGCUUAAAAUGUAGAUGUUAGAUCGCUGCUGUUUAUGCACCAACGUUUCAAACUCUCCAUUAGUUCCAAAGGCAAUCUAUGGAAUAGCUGAGAGGAAACGCUCUCGGUUCACUGUGCGCUCUUCGCUUAAACGGUCUUCAAAACGAGAAGAGAUCUACUGGAUGCUAUUUAUAGAUCUAUUUGUAGAUCUGUUUAAGAGCAGCAACUAUCUUGUAUAUGUUUGGAAAUGCCUAUUUUUGUAUAUUAAUGAGGACAAGCACACCUCCAGAUGCGUAUGUCUUUCUCGAAGGAUGUGUGGUGAAUAACUCUGUUUGAGUGUGGAAGUGGAAUGUAGAACCAAAGCUUUCAAAAUGGGCAGAAAGAAGGGAAACGGAUGGCCGUCUGGAAAACCUCACGGUUCCCCAGUAAGCUGAACCGUACCAUUGUUCUGUAACGUGUUUCUCUGGGAUGGUCCUCUGGCAUGUCCUGUGAAUUCAGCCUCAGUUUUUUUCAUACUGGUGUUAAAGGUUAAACAAAUCCACAGCACAAAUCAAAAUAAAGGACUUUCAUACUUAUUUUCCAAGCAAUCGGUCUCACGCCAUUCUAAAUGUGAACACAAAUGUCUGUCUAAUGCAAAGAAUUGUAUUUAGUGUGGAAGAGAAUACGACCAGUACACCAAACUUUACUAUCAUUUAUUGAUAGCAUGUUAUUGAUAGAUCUGUGCACUUUAGAUUCUAAAGAAAUAUGAUGGGUUCAUGUUGGAUAUAUUGGUGCAUUUCAUAACCUGGCCCAGCAACAACACAUCCCAGAAUGUCAUUAAGGGGUCACAGAACCUAACGAAACGAUGGUGGAUCCAGCAAUUUCACCAACAUAGAAACUAUGAGUGAUUAAAUACUGUAUGCAAAAUGAAUAUAAACAAUAAAAUGAAGCUAUUUAACA